CCAAAAUGUAAACAUGGCGGAUGAUGAUGUUGGCCAAAAAUAAAAACAAGUCCGAUUUCAUCGCUUGAUAUUUGGCUAUUACAAAGACAGUCAUGUGGGUUAAACCGGAGGAAGUACUGCUGGCUAACGCCCUUUGGGUGACAGAGCGUGCCAACUUGUUUUUCCUCCUGCAGAGGCGUAAGGGUCAUGGCGGAGGGGGAAUCACUGGUCUCCUUGUGGGGACCAUGGACACCAUCUUGGAUACUAGGACUCCACCUUAUCGGAUUUUACAUCAGGUCUCCGGAGCAGAAGUCAGCUACACUGUUGCCAUAGCAACGACUAAGAAGGAGAUUUUCUUAGAUUGGGAAUGGUUGGAACAGAACCUGAUGCAGACGUUAUCGGCAUUUGAGUCGGAGGAUGAAUCGACGGAGUUCGUCAGGUGCAAGAUCGAGAGCUUGUGCGCUAACACCGCCAUCGAUCCUUAUAUUGAAGAUGAUGCAGAGUCGACCAACAUUAAAUCUGCUUCGUUCAAGUUCAAUAAGCUGUUUAAUAUGCCUCUGGAGGAGAAACUAGUAAACUAUUACUCCUGUAGUUAUUGGAAAGGUCGCGUCCCACGUCAGGGGUGGCUCUACCUUAGUGUGAACCAUCUCUGCUUCUAUUCAUUCCUGAUGGGCAAAGAGGCGAAACUGAUUAUCAGAUGGACUGAUGUUUUGAAACUCGAGAAAGGCAACAACAUGCUGUUUCCCGACAGUAUUAAAGUCACAACUAGAGACGCACAUCACUUUUUCUCCAUGCUGCUGCACAGCUACGAGACAUUCCGCCUGAUGGAACAGCUGGCUAAUAUCGCGAUGAGACAAAUCUCAAAGCAUAUGAGAUUAUUAUCAGACGAAGCAUUUGAAGAGGAUCAUAUGAUAGCUGCUAGAACCAGGAGAAAAACUCGUAAGGUCUCCACUCUGAAGCGAGACCUGGAUGCUCGUGCAAGAAGCGAGGCGUUCCGCCAAGUCUUCCAUCUGCCGAUGAAGGAGAAACUGGAUGGUGAUGCCGAUUGUGCUCUGUGGGCUCCGUACAGCAAGACUCAUCAACCGGGGCGACUGUACCUGUCGGAGAAUUACAUCUGCUUUACGAGCAGGCUCUUUAAUACGGUGUUUCAGAUAAAAGAUGAAGUUUCUGUCGUCAUACCAAUGAGGGAGAUAUAUGUCGUGGAAAAAGUUGAGAAUUCCAGCGGCACGAUGCCAAAUGCUCUUCUCAUCACGACGAAGGGGAAGAUGAACUUUAUCUUCGCACACCUGAAAGACCGGAACGGUAUUCUGGAGAAGAUUUCAGAUUUUUUGUCGAGGCAGCCAGCAGUCAGGGUUGCCAGAAGCGAGAGUAUCAGCAGCUCGUUUAGCGGAGACACGGCACAGACUGGUACCGACGAAAUCGACUUCCAGCCGGCGCUCAUCAGUCUGUUUCACCGCCGAGAUUCGGAUGAGGUCUCGGCUGCGGAAACCGUGAAGGAACACCUGUGGUCUGUCCAUUUCUCCGAGUAUGGAAGAGGUAUCUGUAUGUAUAGGACCCAGAGAACUCGAGAGUUGAUCCUGAAGGGCAUCCCAGAGAAUCUGCGAGGGGAGAUAUGGAUGCUGUAUUCCGGGGCAAUCAACGAGAUGGCGACUAAUCCUGGUUACUAUGCAUCGCUGGUGGAGCAGAGUUUGGGAAGGUCGUCGCUGGCAACUGAUGAGAUUGAGAGAGACUUGCACAGGUCACUGCCCGAACACCCUGCCUUCCAGUCCGAGCUCGGUAUCGGCGCUCUGCGUCGCGUCCUGACCGCGUACGCCUACCGCAAUCCUAACAUCGGCUACUGCCAGGCCAUGAACAUCGUCUGUAGUGUUCUCCUGUUGUAUGCGAGCGAGGAGGAGGCAUUUUGGUUGCUCGUCGCACUCUGUGAGAGGCUCUUGCCCGAUUAUUAUAACACCAAGGUGGUCGGAGCACUGAUCGAUCAAGGUGUGUUUGAGGAUUUGAUCCGUGAGUACCUGCCUGACCUACACGACAAGCUCGAUGACCUGGGCCUCCUCAGUAUGAUAUCUCUCUCCUGGUUCCUGACCAUCUUCCUCAGCGUCAUGCCGUUUGCUAGUGCCGUCAACAUCCUCGACUGCUUCUUCUAUGACGGAGCAAAGGUUGCAUUUCAAAUCUCCCUGGCCAUCGUAAACACCGUGAAAGAAGACCUGCUGGACUGCUACGAUGAUGGCGAGGCGGCCACGCUGCUCGCCAAUUAUCUGGAGAAUGUGACCAACCGUGAUGCCACUCUUCCCAUUACCCAUCACACCGCUGCCUUGGCUCGGGAAAAACCUGAGAAAAAGACUUCCAUUGAUGUGAGUGAGCUGAUCGCCAAAAGCUACGAGGAUUUCGGUCUGAUAACCAACCAGCAAAUCGACAAACUCCGCUUGAAACAUCGGCUGAAGGUCGUACAGGGUAUCGAGGAUAGCACGAUGAAGAACGUGAUUCGAAGUGUCAUGGCGGACGUCCAUGCGAAGGGAAAAGAUUUGGAAGAUUUGUUCCUGGUUUUCAAGGAGGAAUAUCUGACUUCUUACUAUUGGAGGACCAACCAAACCGUCGAGACCUCGGAGAAGUAUGAUCCUUCGCGACCUUACUAUGAACAAUACAAAAUCGACUUCGAUCAAUUCAAGACCAUGUUCCUGGCGCUGUCUCCCUGGGCGGCAGGAAGCAUCGCGCAUUUGCUCGCUUUACGAUUAUUCAGGAUCCUAGACGAGAACAAAGACAACAUGAUCAACUUUAAGGAGUUUGCGUGGUGUAUGGGCGUGAUGAACCUCGCUGACCUCCCCGAGCGAGCCAAGCUAUUAUAUCGUCUCCACCUCCCGCCCGCCCUGCUACCAUCGGACAUCGAGGACCUUGAAUCGCCACAGUCAGGUACAACUCAACCACAGUCAAGUGGGACAGAAAAUGCUGUGGAAGCUACUGAUUUCUUUGAAGACGAUGAGAGUAGCUCCCCAACUAAAUCAUUGGGUGCUGAGAGCCCUGGCCCCGAAGUGUUGGGAACCUCGCCACAUUCUGCUAAGUCAACCCAAGGUCCUCUUGGCUCCUCGCCUCUUCCCCCAGUCCCAGAGUCGAGCCCCGCCAAGCCUAUACCGAGUACACCAAAGUCACUAAACAUCGGCAACCAGUCUGCUGGAGCCGGGUUACCGUCGCCAGUGGAUAGCCUCGGUGGAGACACAGCGCCACCUAUAUUGCUGGAGAAGAGCGACUCGAUCAGUUUGGGGUCGGAGCCAAGUACAUCGAAAGACCUGACGGGAAGUUUUGAUUACAAGUAUGGUGCUGGCUACAAGAGUCGUUUGAGUAAACAGGACAGCCGCUCGGAUAUCAAGGCCAUUCCCAGGAUGAACCAGGAGCAGUUCAUCCAACUGUGGAAGACGCUUUACGACAUGUUCAGUGAAAAUUCAGAAGAACAGCAGCUGUAUCACUCGAUAGCCACCGUCGGGACCCUGCUGCUGGAGAUUGGGGAAGUCGGGAAGCAGUUCUACCUGAAGCAUAGCUCGUCUCAGGAGAGUGGGAAGUCCCUUAGUAGUGGGAACUUCGACAAGAGCGUCAGCAGUGGGAAUCUGGAUGGCCAGAAUAGCGAUGUAGCCAGUCCGGUGGAUACGGUUAUUUCUUCUCCGCCGGUUGAUGAUGUUGCCACUCCUGUAGCUGGGAGUCAGGAGAGUGAUAUGAAUCCCGAAGCCGUUGCCCCAGGGGAUGGUCAAGUUGGGGAGGAUGAGGUUGAUGACGUCAACAAGGUGGCUACGGAGGAUGCAACGCCGAAUCUGGUAGUUGAGGAUUCUGCCAGCACUAAGGAUGCGGAUAAAACCGAGGAAUCGACGAGUAUACCUGAAGGUGCGCUGGGGCCAGCUCAGUCUGAGCCGAUACCGAUAUCCGCCUCAGGCCAGGGACACCAGGCCGAUUCGACGCCGAGUUCUUACAAACCUGACCUGGAUUGGUCCAUAACUUAUGAGCAGUUCAUGGCGUCGUUAUUAACCGAGGUGCCGCUGGUGAAGUUUUUCGAAAAGGAGGAGGAUUUACAGGGGGCGAUCGAGCGUUUCCGGUCCCGCCGCCUAUUGCAGAGAACAAGCAGCGUGUCUGGGUCGUUUAGUUCAAAUAGUUUGGCGUCGUCGUCAUAACCCUCCCGGGUGUGAUGAGUGGAGCGUGCCAUCGGGAAGCUUUGUCUCCGCUAUUCAGCAGCUGGUCGAACAUCACGUAUUAAAAUCACACCUUCCAUAUCUGUAACUUGCUUGUGUUGGGGGCUAUUGGGCAGUUGUUUGCGCAUCAAAUGACGACUUUGUUGCUGUGAUUUUAAGCCCGAAGAAUAUGGAGUUGACAAACUCAAGAUUUGAUGCACUCACUGCUGAGGUACUCCCCAAUCUUGAUUUAAUAUCUGUGAAAAUCUGUACAAAAUCGAUUAAUUAAUGAGAACAGUUUGUAAAGUAAGUCUAUAUUAUGUUGGACAAGAUGUCGCUAAUUGUAAAAUAUUGCAGUCUUGUAUUAUAUUGGACAAGAUGGGGUGGGAUAGGGGGGAGGGGGACCCUGGCUGUUAUCUGUGAUUGCUCAAAGUAAACUCUACGUAUAUGCCAAAUGUUUGAUAUGACGGUAAUUUCUUUUGGUUUUGCUAUCAGUUUAAAAUGGUGUUUUGAACUAUAAAGUAAACCCCAUUGUGACUAAUGCUGUUGACAUUUUUCUUCAAAAAAUCCUUUAGCAUCUUUGAGAUGGUGGGAUUAUUUUACCAUGGAACCCUUUCGAGAAUGAGCUCUUCCAGUGCAAUGUACAUGAAUUGAUAUGAGGUAGGGCUAUUCCAAAAUUUGUUAGGGUGGAUGGCUAGUCAGUCUGCGGGAACGGUGCUCUAAUGUUUUUUUGUGCUUAUGAAUUUAUGUAUGUAUGUCUGUUUGUAUUAUUGUAGAUUGGUUCCUUUCUCUCUCGCCAGGGGGCAGAUCAGUCUUAUAUGUUGUGGGAGUGAUGUUACACAGUGCUAAAAGUGUUCUUAAGAUGACUAAAAAGCUGUCAGUUUAAGAGAAUGUAUCAAAAAAUCUCGGAUGUGCUUUGGUAGGUCAAAAUAUGAAAAGAAGUUUCACAUUUUUUGACUGAUCGGGUUAAUUACAAAGAAGAGCCCAAACCAUUAUAUAGAUCCCUGAUUCGUUCCCCACAGACGGCUUGGAGGCAGUUGUCUUUGCCUUGGAGGCCUCACUCCAUCCAGGUGAGUAAAUGGGAACUAGUCGGAAAUCAUCCUAGUCCUAGUCAAAAAGCUUUCGGGAUAGACCAAUGAAUAAAUGUAAAGCGCUUUGAGAAUGUCAUACAUAAUAAAGCGCUUUGAGAAUGUCAUACAUAAUGAAGCACUUUGAGAAUGUCAUACUUAAUGAAGCGCUUUGAGAAUGUCGUACAUAAUAAAGCGCUUUGAGAAUGUCACACAUGAUAAAGCGCUUUGAGUAUGUCAUACAUAAUGAAGCGCUUUGAGAAUGUCAUACAUAAUAAAGCGCUUUGAGAAUGUCACAUGAUAAAGCGCUUUGAGAAUGUCAUACAUAAUAAAGCGCUAUGUAAGAACUGACAUUUUAUUUUCAACAUGUUUGGUGUAGUAAACCUAGUAAACAUCAGUAUCACUGAACCAGGCACUUUUUAUCUUAAUACAUCAUAAUCAGUUAUAAACAUUGCCAUCAGAAAUUUGACCGGAUUGCUUGAUAUCACACAAGUCCAUUAUAUGUGAGUGUCCGGUAUAAACGAGUCCAGUGUAUAAAAGAUUUACUGUAUAUUGUAGUGUCACGUAGUUUUGAUAUGGUCGCUAAAAUUUUGUUCUGAUUCUUUGUUAAAUUCUUUUGCUUAUCACCAUCUUCAUUUCACAGAUUGUCAACUAGUGAAUCUGGGUGCAACCAGAGUCAAUCUGGGUGCAACCAGAGUCAAUCUGGGUGCAACCAGAGUCAAUCUGAGUGCAACAAGAGUCAAUCUGGAUGUGACUAGAGUCAAUCUGGUUGCAACCAGAGUCAAUCUUGGUGCAACCAGAGUCAAUCUCGAUGUAACAGGAGUCAAUCUGGGUGCAACAAGAGUCAAUCUUUGUGCAUCUGAAGUCAAUUUGGGUGUGACAAAGUGUGCAGAAUGUACUAUUUAUUAUAAAUAAA